AUGGCGGCGGGAGUAGCGGCAUGGCUUCCCUUUGCCCGGGCGGCAGCAAUCGGCUGGAUGCCUGUGGCCAAUUUGCCCAUGCCAAUUGCGCCCACUGAGAAGAGCAAGCGGCAGGAUGAGCUAAUCAUUCUUAAUGUCAGUGGACGGCGCUUCCAGACCUGGAGGAACACGCUGGACCGCUAUCCAGACACUCUGCUGGGAAGCUCAGAGAAGGAGUUCUUCUACAAUGAGGAGACCAAAGAGUACUUCUUUGACCGGGACCCUGAUGUGUUCCGCAGUGUGCUCAACUUUUACCGCACUGGCAAGCUCCACUACCCACGCUAUGAGUGCAUCUCCUCCUAUGAUGAGGAGCUGGCUUUCUUUGGCAUUGUCCCAGAGAUCAUCGGUGACUGCUGUUAUGAAGAGUACAAGGACAGGAAGAGAGAGAAUGCAGAGCGUCUGAUGGAUGACCAGGAGGACAACAAGGACGCUAAGCUGCCCAACAUGACCUUCAGGGAGACCAUGUGGCGGGCUUUCGAGAACCCCCACACUUCCACCAUGGCCCUCGUCUUCUACUACGUCACUGGCUUCUUCAUUGCUGUCUCUGUCAUCACCAAUGUGGUGGAGACAGUGCCCUGUGGCUCGGCGCCCAACCAGAAGGAAGUGCCAUGUGGUGAGCGCUACACCGUGGCCUUUUUCUGCAUGGACACGGCCUGCGUUAUGAUCUUCACCGUGGAGUACCUGAUGCGCUUGUUUGCUGCACCCAGCCGCUACCGCUUCAUGAGGUCCGUCAUGAGCAUCAUUGAUGUAGUGGCUAUCUUGCCCUACUACAUCGGCCUGGUGAUGACUGACAACGAGGACGUGAGUGGCGCUUUUGUGACACUCCGUGUUUUCCGCGUGUUCCGUAUCUUUAAGUUCUCCCGUCACUCCCAGGGCCUGCGCAUUCUGGGCUACACGCUGAAGAGCUGUGCCUCCGAGCUGGGCUUCCUGCUCUUCUCCCUCACUAUGGCCAUAAUUAUCUUUGCUACCGUUAUGUUCUACGCAGAGAAGGGUUCAAGCUCCAGCAAAUUCACCAGCAUCCCAGCCUCCUUCUGGUACACCAUCGUUACUAUGACAACGCUCGGGUACGGAGACAUGGUUCCUAAGACGAUUGCAGGGAAGAUCUUUGGUUCAAUCUGCUCUCUGAGUGGGGUGCUGGUAAUUGCCUUGCCUGUCCCUGUCAUCGUGUCCAACUUUAGCCGCAUCUAUCACCAGAACCAGAGAGCAGACAAGCGGAGGGCGCAGAAGAAAGCCCGUUUAGCCAGGAUACGAAUAUCCAAGACGGGAAGCUCCAGUGCCUUCCUCCACAGCAAGCGCAACGGCCUGUUCAACGAAGCUCUAGAUUCCACUGAGGAGGAGCAACGGUUAAGUAAGUCUACCUCUCUAUUAGAGAGCCAGCACCACCACCUGCUGCACUGUCUGGAGAAAACCACUAACCACGAGUUUGUGGAUGAACAGUAUUACCAGCAGAGCUACCUGGAGGCGGGGCUGCAGAAUUACCCAUCGCGAAGCCCCUCCCUCUCCAGCCAAGAUGGCGUGACGGGCACAUGCUGCACCCGCCGAAGCAAGAAGCACCACACCCCUUUACCGAAUGCCAGUGCCCCAGCACACAUGCAGCCUUUGACACACACGCACACACACCAACAAGGUUUGCAGGAGCUCAGCACCAUCCACAUCCAGCCCCUCAGCACCAGCCGCUCCAGUCUGAACAUGCGCGUGGACGAACCAGCACCCCUGAACUGCCAGAGCAGCCAGAUUACCACAGCAAUCAUCAGCAUUCCCACACCGCCAGUGACGACCCCUGAGGGCGAUGCUCAUCUGCCGGCGGGCCCCACCCACCAGAACGUUGUGAAGGUGUCCGCACUGUGA